GCUGCUCGCGUGCUUGUGUGUCGGUCCCGGGGACGGCGGAGCGGAGGGUCCGCGAACGCACGCGGCCCGCUCACCGUCCGGCCGCGUUGAUGUCGGUCAGCAGGUUUGACGGGGACUGUGUGGCGGACUGUUAGCGGAUGAACGCCAUUUUGUGUCUGCGCGGAGCGGCAGGCCGGACUGUCCGCCAUUUAACAUCCGAGUUUAACGUAAAAUCAAACUCACCGCGACCGUUACCGUUAGCGGCGGGACUCCCCUGCGACAAAAAACCCCGGUUCACUGGGGGUCAACACCGAGCGGCUGUUUUAUGACCAGGAGGGCGGUCUGCUCGCCCGUAACGUUGAUAUUUACUGUUUUAACAACAUAUUAGCCCCCACACGUCCAACCGGCUAACGUUAGCCUACCGGUGACCGCGGCAACGUCACACCGUCCGCGUAUUAAACCGACAUUCACCCGCUUUUACCCGGUUUAAAGUUGAAAGCGCUCAUCCGGGACCCGGUGGUCUGCUCUGCUCAAAGUUAAAGUUAACGUUAGCCUCGCAGCUGCUAGCACCUGGGCUUAGCCUGCUUCUGUCCGGGUUAAAUGAACCGUAGACUCGGAGUCCGUUAACGGUCCGGGUUCUCGCUCGGACCCGGACUGUGGAUGUUCACGGAUGAAACCCGGUCUCGUCUUGUAAACACCACCAGUGUGCUCGAUGCUAACAGCUAGCCUCUCUGCCGUCUGUCCCCCGGCUCAGGUUAAUGCAUCGUGAGGCGUGCACACGCUUCAGUGCGCGUGUCCGCGGUAGAAGAGGUACGCCGGGAUCAGACUCGGCGCAGAUGGAUGCGGGGGGGUCCGAAGAAACCCAGCAGCUCACUCCGCGAGCUCAUCCCGGUUUAAACAUGUGAAAAGAAACACAGAAUCCGGUGUGACACCAGUUCUGGAUCUGUCAGGCUUCUGACAGGGAGCACAGAUGACAGAGACGGUGAAGUACGUGGACGACGAACACAAGAGCAUCUUCCUGAAGCUGCUGAACGAGCAGCGGCUGGAGGGGGAGCACUGCGACAUCGCCGUGGUGGUCGAAGACGUCAAGUUCCGCGCUCACCGCUGCGUGCUCGCCGCCUGCUCCAACUACUUCAAAAAGCUCUUCAAAAAACACGAGGUGGAUAACUCUUCAGUGAUUGAGAUCGACUUCAUCCGCUCAGAUAUCUUUGAGGAGGUGUUGAACUACAUGUACACCGCGAAGAUCUCCGUCAAGAAGAGGGACGUUAACCUCAUGAUGUCAUCAGGACAGAUCCUCGGCAUCCGCUUCCUCGACAAACUCUGCUCCCAGAAACGAGACGUGUCAUCAGAGGACAAAGAGAAGUUUCCCUAUGACAUCGUGAAGAUGGCGCUGCCACCUGAGGCUCAGCUGGCCGCUGACGCCGAGGUACUCGGGGAUGACACGGCCACCGCAGAUGACCUUGUUGAGGCGUCGGCCAAUCAGGAGCUAGACAAGUCUCCCAGUGCGGCGCUGCGUGUUCAGGAAGCCAUCCUGAAAGAACUGACCAAUGAGGAUGUUCACAAGGUGACCUGCUACGACCAAGAUGUGGUGACGGAAAUGGAGACAGAGCCUAAAGAGUUGGGGGCGGAGCACCACGCCACCCAGACGCUGACGUUUGCGGACAGUAUGGGGGAGGUGAAGGACGAGCAGCCGCCCGGCUGGUCGACGGCCACGACUGACAUGAAGUUUGAAUACCUGCUGUACGGACACCGAGAGCAGCUCUCCUGCCAGGUGUGUGGGAAGACCUUCCUGGAUGAAAGCAGACUCAGAAAACAUGAGAAACUUCAUUCAGCAGAGCGUCCAUUUGGCUGCGAGAUCUGCACCAAAGCUUUCACCACCCACGCUCACCUGAAAGAACACCUGAAGAUCCACACAGGCUUCAAGCCAUACAGGUGUGACGUUUGCGGGAAAUCGUUCAUUCGAGCUCCAGACCUGAAAAAACAUGAACGAGUUCACAGCAACGAGAGGCCGUUUGCCUGCCAGAUGUGUGACAAGGCGUUUAAACACAAGUCUCACCUGAAGGAUCAUGAGAGGAGACACAGAGGAGAGAAACCGUUCGUCUGUCCAUCCUGCACCAAGGCCUUUGCUAAGGCAUCAGAUCUGAAGCGUCAUGAGAACAACAUGCACAGUGAGAGGAAACAGUUGAAUCCACUGCAGAGCGACACAGAGACACUGCAGGCUGCUGCCAUGGCUGCUGAGGAGCAACAUCUGGACAGCAUCAGCUGCUCUUAACAUCUGGACAGCAUCAGCUGCUCUUAACAUCUGGACAGCAUCAGCUGCUCUUAACAUCUGGACCACGUCAGCUGCUCUUAACAUCUGGACCGCGUCAGCUCUUAACAUCUGGACCGCAUCAGCUGCUCUUAACAUCUGGACAGCAUGAGCUGCUCUUAACAUCUGGACAGCAUGAGCUGCUCUUAACAUCUGGAUCAUGUCAGCUGAUGACAUCUGGACCACGUCAGCUGAUCUGGACCACGCCAGCUGAUAAUAACAUCUGGACAGCGUCAGCUGAUAAUAACAUCUGGACCGCGUCAGCUGAUAAUAACAUCUGGACCACGUCAGCUGAUCUGGACCAAGUCAGCUGAUAAUAACAUCUGGACCGCGUCAGCUGAUAAUAACAUCUGGACCACGUCAGCUGAUAAUAACAUCUGGACCACGUCAGCUGAUAACAUCUGGAUCAUGUCAGCUGAUAAUAACAUCUGGGCCGCGUCAGCUGAUAAUAACAUCUGGACUGCGCCAGCUGAUAACAUCUGGACUGCGCCAGCUGAUAACAUCUGGACAGCGUCAGCUGAUAAUAACAUCUGGACAGCGUCACCUGGCCCUGAUCAGUGUACCUGUAGUAAUAAAACACUGUAUUUUUAUUUUUAAGCAGACUGUUAAUGAAGUUCUGUCUUUGUAGAAGUCUUUUUUUUUUGUUUUUUUUGCUCUGAACGUGCACUGACUUUUACAUGAACUGAUGACCUCAGCAGUCAUGUGAUGUACAUGAACAUGGACGACCGUCUGUGUGCCCCCCCCCCCUGCUUUAUGUAUCAUUUGUAAUGAUUCGGUCUUUGAGAAUGUCCAGGAUCUGUUUUUCAGUCUGAACCAAACUCUGUACAGGAAGCUUUGAAGCUCUGGGUUGUGUUGUAAAUAAAACUGUGUCUCUGUUCAGUUUAAUGAGCAGAGCUGCUGUG